CCACUGGACUCCACUUUGUCACGUUCGUUUAUGUCUUCUUCGAUGCACACCGUGACGGGCAUGGCACACAUAAGUGUGUUGCACCAAUAAUCAUCGCUCUGUCGUGCGACGUGCACCAUAUCUGCCCAGCUGCUUGACUCAUUCACGAAAACCGACGUACCUUUCAUACCGCAAACCUGAAUCCCUGAAAAGUUCGUUCAUAAUCCAUUCACAUGCCAAUCCUCGGCAUCGGUGUUGAUAUCCUGUACCUUCCACGUCUCAUCAAUCUAUUGAAUCGAAGGGGAUCCGAAGCUUUUGCUACGAAAAUUUUAAGCUCCCAGGAAUUACGAACAUUUCAGUUGCUCGCAGAACAGCAUGGAGAAGAUAAGACCGCAAAGAUUACACAGUUUUUGGGUGUGCGGUGGGCAGUGAAAGAAGCUGCAUACAAAGCCUUGUAUCCCAUCCGCCCUACCUGGAAGGAGGUCACAUACUCGUCAUUCAAUGGAGCCACUGGCGUAAAACCAACACUUGUUUACCGUCCUGUACACGAUGAUGUUGGACCGGCGAAUAAAUUGCAUGUUUCAGUGAGCCACGACGGAGAUUAUGUCUACGCACAGGUUAUCAUGGAGUCGACGUAAUUUGACUUUUAUUAUCUUUCAAGAGUGGCUGUUUAGAUCAUGUACCUCAUCAGGAGGCUGCUCGGGCCACCAAUCUGCCCACCAAGGCUCCACCUUCCAUAACUGUUCUUCCUUUUCCUCAGCAACCAAUGCUAUAUCAGGACGCAAG